GUGUGGCCAAGGAGAUAGGAAGAACCUGGGGGAAGGACAGGGCUGGGCAAGGAUGCAGUGAGGGUGGCAGGGCUGGAGGAAAGGAGGUGGCAAGGCUUGUGAAGGAAGAGAUGGAUGCAGAGUGAGGGAGCACACACACAUUUAAGAUGAUACACUUUCCCAUUUCAGCUUGGACACCAGCCCUGAAGCAGGGAAAAGACAGAUGUACUAAUUGUCAUGGAUGGCAAACUGUGCCCCCAAACUUGUACCAAGCCUCAAAGCCUUGGUUUAAUACUCCUGGAGGAGUAAUAGACCCAAUAUGACAUUUUGCAUGCAGGAACACCUUAACAGCUACCUCCAAAUUAUGCGUGCUUCAUGAAUGGAGACACCUGCAUUAUAUGAAGUUCUCUAUUGGGCUGUAAACUUCCUGAGACAGGCCUUCUGGGAAAUUACUCUCUACAUCCCAGGACUGCAAUGUCCAGUGCAGACCCGUGCAUUUAGAUGUUUCCAAAAUAGCAGUUGUUUCCACGGCAUUAUGUUCUGCUGGCCUAGAGGUCUUAGUUCCAGAGGGAGGAAUGCUGCCACCAAGAGACACUACAAUGAUUCCAUUAAACUGGAAGUUAAGAUUGCCACCCGGCCACUUUGGGCUCUUCUUACUUUUAAGCCAACUUGCUAAGAAGGGAGUUACAGUGUUUGACCCAGACUAUCAAGAUGAAAUCAGUCUACUACUCCACAAUGGAGGGUGGCUGUGAAAGAAGAUGUCUGAAAGGGAUCUGAAAAAUGUUAAGUAUUGCACGAAUGAAUGAUGAGAUAACCCCUUCCCCCCCAGCCUAUAAUAAAAACGUAAAAGCUGAUAUCAGAUUUUUUUCUAUAUUACAGGCAUUGUACUUAGUACUUUACAGGCACAUUCCUGCAAUCGUCAAAACAACUUUAGGAGGUUGGGCACUGUUAUUAUCCCCACUUUGCAGACAAAAAACGAUAUCACGCUUGAGCCCCGGAGGUCGAGGCUGCAGUGAGCCAUGUUCGCGGCACUGUACUCCAACCUGGGCGAGAGAGUGAGACCCUGUCUCAAAAACAAAAAGAAAAAAAACGAUCUCAGAGAGAUGAAGCCUGUGAUUUGCUCAAACUCACACAGUGAUGUAAGCAGUAUAGCAAAUAAUAUAAGAUUCCAAAGCCCAAGUUAGUAAAAAGAGGAUUAUAGACGUGGUGGAACCUGUUGGCUGCGGGGCAAAUGACUGACCUGUAACUGUCAGGGAUUUAUGGAGGGAAAUGAGUGCCUAACAAAAAUCCUCGUUUAGUGGGAGAGAGGUUGUUGGGUAAUGACUGACUUGUAGCUGGAAGAAAUCAUCGGAUUUUUAUUCUUUUAUUAAAGAAAAAAAUUUGAAAUGCCUUCCAUGUGCCAAGCACUGUGUCAGGUGGGAGAUGACAGCUCGGUGAAACCUCUGUCAGGCUGUCUUCCUCCGCUUUCUCUACCCCUGGAUCUCCCCCUGCCUAAAAAGGAUUUUGUGCUUCGUGGCUUGUCCAGGCAAGCAGGCCAUCGCGGGACCUAGACCGAGACAGUGAGUCUCUCUUUCUUCCGGGCCUCCCUUCUGUUUCCUGGGCUGCAGGGGAGCACGAAAUCUGGGGCGAGAUUCCCGCCGCGGACGCGCACUGCCGAAGCCUGGUCCCUCGACCUGUCCCUGCCCAGCGCGGGGGCGCAACCGCCACGCCUCCUCACCCCUCCCUCCGGCUGCACGAAUAAUGACAACCGCCGCCCCUCCCACCUUUGGCGUCACGUUCAAAACAACCCUUUGACUACAACUCCCAGAAGGCCGAGCGGCUUAGCGAGUGCACCCGCUCUCGGCUGCUCCGGCAAACUACACAUCCCAAAGGGCAGCGCGCGAUCGCGUGUCCUUUCACAGCGCAAGUGAGGAACUGCGUUUGUUUCCGGCGUGGGUCCGGGCAAGAACCGCUUGUAGUUUGGUUUAAGUUCUGCACGGGAGGACCUUCUGAGUUUACCUGUUGGGCUCCUGGCUGCGCAGGCACAGCAGCUACACAGAAGAGAUGGGAGAAGAGGCUAAUGAUGACAAGAAGCCAACCACUAAAUUUGAACUAGAGCGAGAAACAGAACUUCGCUUUGAGGUGGAGGCAUCUCAGUCAGUUCAGUUGGAGUUGUUGACUGGCAUGGCAGAGAUCUUUGGCACAGAGCUGACCCGAAACAAGAAAUUCACCUUUGAUGCUGGUGCCAAGGUGGCUGUUUUCACUUGGCAUGGCUGUUCUGUGCAACUGAGCGGCCGCACUGAGGUGGCUUAUGUCUCCAAGGACACUCCUAUGUUGCUUUACCUCAACACUCACACAGCCUUGGAACAGAUGCGGAGGCAAGCGGAAAAGGAAGAAGAGCGAGGUCCCCGAGUGAUGGUAGUGGGUCCCACUGAUGUGGGCAAGUCUACAGUGUGUCGCCUUCUGCUCAACUAUGCAGUGCGUUUGGGCCGCCGUCCCACUUAUGUGGAGCUGGAUGUGGGCCAGGGUUCUGUGUCCAUCCCUGGUACCAUGGGGGCCCUCUACAUCGAGCGGCCUGCAGAUGUCGAAGAGGGUUUCUCUAUCCAGGCCCCUCUGGUGUAUCAUUUUGGUUCCACCACUCCUGGCACUAACAUCAAGCUUUAUAAUAAGAUUACAUCUCGUUUAGCAGAUGUGUUCAACCAAAGGUGUGAGGUGAACCGAAGGGCAUCUGUGAGUGGCUGUGUCAUUAACACCUGUGGCUGGGUCAAGGGCUCUGGUUACCAGGCUCUGGUGCAUGCAGCCUCAGCUUUUGAGGUGGAUGUCGUUGUUGUUCUGGAUCAAGAACGACUGUACAAUGAACUGAAACGGGACCUCCCCCACUUUGUACGCACUGUGCUGCUCCCUAAAUCUGGGGGUGUGGUGGAGCGCUCCAAGGACUUCCGGCGGGAAUGUAGGGAUGAGCGUAUCCGUGAGUAUUUUUAUGGAUUCCGAGGCUGUUUCUAUCCCCAUGCCUUCAAUGUCAAAUUUUCAGAUGUGAAAAUCUACAAAGUUGGGGCACCCACCAUCCCAGACUCCUGUUUACCUUUGGGCAUGUCUCAAGAGGAUAAUCAGCUCAAGCUAGUACCUGUCACUCCUGGGCGAGAUAUGGUGCACCACCUACUGAGUGUUAGCACUGCCGAGGGUACAGAGGAGAACCUGUCCGAGACAAGUGUAGCUGGCUUCAUUGUGGUGACCAGUGUGGACCUGGAGCAUCAGGUGUUUACUGUUCUGUCUCCAGCCCCCCGCCCACUGCCUAAGAACUUCCUUCUCAUCAUGGAUAUCCGGUUCAUGGAUCUGAAGUAGAGAUCAGCAGGAAGCCUUGCUGCCUGGGACAUAGAGAUCAUCUGGCCACCCCUAGAGGCAGAUGGGCUGAGAUAAAAGACUGUUGGGGCCACCUGACCAGUAAACUGUGGACUAGUAGAAAGUUCAUAUUCUACCUCUAAAAACAGGUAGUGGUAACCUGACUCUUCCAAUCUUGAACCAAAAGGAAAACCAUGAGACUGUAAUUGGUUUCUUAGACCACCUAAGAUGCCACUUUGAAUUCUCUAGGACCCUGGAGAAUUGCAUUUCUUUCACUGUGCUACUAUGUGGUUUUUAAAAAAUCAGUGCUUUAUAUUCCAUAUGUGGUUCUUACCCAUUUAUCUAGAAUGAAAGUGUGAAUUAGAGGGACUCCUUCCAAUAAAGUUCAAACUUAAAAAAAAUCAUUUUAAUAAAUAUUUUUGCCAUAUCAUA